AUGCUCGAGACUUCGGAUCGAGCGAUUGUUCGGACGAAUCCCCGCCUCACGCAAGUCCUCCCAAAGAUAGGUCGGGUGGAGAUGGUGGUGAUGCAUCGAUACAUCACGGCGAGCGAAGUAACUCGAGAAAUCGAGGUCACUGGUGUCAGUGCUCACGCUGGCACCAAUCAAGAGGCCAGGCACCAAAAUGUCCUGCGCAACGCUCCUCAAGUGGAGUCUCCGUGGAUGCCGCCAUCCAGAGUGCUGGACCGAUUGGCCGGCACGACUACUGAAUGGGAUCGAAUCCCGUUGUUCGAUCGCAAGAAGAUUUUCCCUCCUGAUUUCAGCACGGAAACUAUCCGUGCUGACGAAGAGUUCUUCACCGAUGCGUUCUUAAAACAUCGAUGGUACAAUGGCAGCAGUGAUCGAAACGUUUAA